UGUCCCUUUUAAGAAGGGAGAUCGAAACUGAUCCUACUCUCAUUGACUACUAUCAGGUUCGCAGAAUGAUAGAAAAAAACCAAAUCUACUCUUGUGACAUGGUUGAAGUUCAUCCACCACUUUGAGAAAAGAGAUGAAACGCUCUACCCAUCUUUACACAUAAAGAGAAAUCACUCAAGACAAGAGGUGUCGACAACGACAACUUAAUGUCUUGACUUUUUCUGCUUAUGGAACAUCUAGAAUUGUCAAAUCUCUUGAAAGAGAACCCGAAAAUAGACGGGUUCGCUCACUACAAAAAAGAAAAAAAAAGAAAAAAAAAGGGACAAUCCUCCAUCCUUAUACUCUGUUUUUCUGCUUCCUCAAGCAAAGCCCCAUCUCUUUCCUCUCACAAAACAACCCAUUACUUUCCAUUUUGGAAUCCCCAUUUCACCAAACCAAUUUCCCUUUCUUAUAAAUCCCAUCUCCAAACAAAAACACCUCUUUUUUUUCCCUCCCCACAUUCACUAUGAACAACCUCUUUCUCAUCAUCUCCUUCUUCCUCACCUUCCUCUUCUUCUGCAAGUCCAUUUCAGCUCAAUCCUCUCAGCCACCAGCCCCCUCCGGUCCGACUAACAUCACCGCCGUCCUAGAAAAGGAUGGCCAAUUCACAACAUUGAUUAAGCUCCUAAAAAGCACCCAACAGAGUGAUCAAAUCAACAAUCAGCUCAACAACUCCAACCAAGGCCUCACUUUUUUUGCUCCCCCUGACAAUGCCUUCUCAAAUCUCAAGCUCGCCACUCUCAAUUCCCUCUCCGAUCAGCAAAAAGUUCAGUUGCUUCAGUUCCAUGUCCUCCCUACUUUCAUUUCCAUGUCCCAAUUUCAAACCGUCAGCAACCCACUUCGUACUCAGGCCGGAAACAGCAACACUGGUCAGUUUCCGUUGAAUGUUCCAAAAAAAGCUAGACCAGAAAAGAGAUCUUAUCUUAACUGACUUCUCAGAAGCUUUCUAGAG